GUGGCAACCCAGGGGCAGAAAAAUGCCGGCUCUAGGGGCGAGGUCGGAGGCGGUGGGUGUCCUGUUGCUGCUACUGCUUGUCCUCGGAGUGGCCGAUUUGGCGCCUCGGGCUCGACAUCCGACCCAGUCUCAGCGUCGCUACACCCCCGACUGGCCGAGCCUGGACUCGAGGCCGCUGCCGGCCUGGUACGACGAGGCCAAAUUCGGGGUGUUUGUGCACUGGGGCGUGUUCUCGGUGCCAGCCUGGGGCAGCGAGUGGUUCUGGUGGCACUGGAAAGGCGAGGGGCUGGCCCCAUACCAGAGCUUCAUGAAUGAAAACUACCCGCCUGGCUUCAGCUACGCAGACUUCGGGCCAGAGUUCACGGCGCGCUUCUAUCACCCAGAGGAGUGGGCCAGCCUCUUCCAGGCGGCUGGGGCCAAGUAUGUAGUCCUGACAACAAAGCAUCACGAAGGCUUCACAAACUGGCCGAGUCCUGUGUCUUGGAACUGGAAUUCUAAGGAUGUGGGGCCCCAUCGAGAUUUGGUUGGUGAACUGGGAACAGCUCUCCGGAAGAGGUGCUUGCCGGACAUACUUCGGGUGGGCACUGUGUGGGAACUUGAGGAUGAAGUCAGUGAGUUGCAUGCAUUUGAAAGGCAUGGCCUGUCUUCUUACCUGAGUGCAGGGUCCAUCAACCAAAGCCCUGUUUUGAUCAAUAACAUCUACAAUCGCUACAAGCUUUCCGGUGAUGACGUGGUAGUGAAUGACCGAUGGGGUCGGAACACUUCCUGUCACCAUGGAGGAUUCUACAACUGUCAAGAUAAAUACAUGCCACACAGCUUGCCAAGUCACAAGUGGGAGAUGUGCACCAGCAUUGACAAGCUGUCCUGGGGCUAUCGUCGCAACAUGGUGAUAUCUGAGGUGGUAAAAGAAUCUCAGAUCAUUAAGGAACUGAUUCAGACAGUAAGUUUGGGAGGCAACUAUCUUCUGAACAUCGGCCCAACUAAAGACGGAUUGAUUAUUCCCAUCUUCCAAGAAAGGCUUCUUGCUGUUGGAAAGUGGCUGAGCAUCAAUGGGGAAGCUAUCUAUGCCACCAAACCGUGGAGGGUGCAGUUGGAGAACAUGACAUCUGUAUGGUAUACCUCAAAAGGAUCAUGUGUUUAUGCCAUUUUUCUGCACUGGCCAGAAAAUGGAGUCUUAAGCCUUGCAUUCCCUAUUACUACCUCAAGUACAACGAUAACGAUGUUGGGAAUCCAGGAAGAUCUGAAGUGGUCCACAGAUCCAAUAAAAGGUCUCCUCAUCAAUCUGCCCCAGUUGCCACCCUCUGCUCUUCCAGUGCAGUUUGCUUGGACUGUAAAGCUGACAGGCGUGAAGUGAUAUUUGAGUUCAAGAGGAAAGGAAUGCCCCCUGCUGUUUGCUGCUUUAAUUUCCUCUUACGGUACCAUCAUUGUAAUAAAACAACUUUUCUUCCCCACCCAGAGAUGGCUUUUCCAACACAUUUUAAUCAAAGGAACUAAGUGCAUUACAUUGACGUCUUAAUCAAGCAAAAAUCUGAGGUCCUUGGCUGGUAUCUCUAUCUGGUCAGCCAAAGAAGGGAUUAAACAGCUAAACUAAACUCUUGAGUCCAUCCAUUUUUACAUUUGGGAAUCCUCUACAAUGGAACCUUCCCUCCAUUCUGUGUUUGAUAGCCUACUUGCUUACUCAGUGACUUUAGUAAAAGAAUAAGCCAUAUCACCCUGUUGCCUUUUCAAGGAGUGGAAAGGAUUUGGCAAGCUAUAUAGUAUCAGUUGUCACCAACACUCCUCCCCCAAAGGGUAGAAGAGCCUGGAGGGGAAGGAAAAGGCCUGCCAGGCAGCUGAUGGUCAACUCUUUCUAAUUUCUAAAGCAAACCAAGAGCUUCAGAAUUCAGUAUGUUUGCGUUGAUCAUUUUAAGGAAAUGAAUGUGAUUCUGCUCUGUCUUUUAAAUAUGAUCAAAUAAAUUUGUAUUUCAAGUCAUUUCUACCAAAAA